AUCUUUCGUUUCAUAUCAACUUGAUUCGGAAAUACGGUUGGGAGAAAUACAUCCUGAGAAACUUUUCUUUCAAGGAAUCCGCAAUAAAUUCGGAUUAUUCGGUGAAAAUUAUUAUUAAGUAAUAUCAACGAUGGCCAAAGUUCAGCUAGCGAACGUAGCUGUUCUCGACAAUCCUUCACCGUUUUUAAACCCGUUUCAAUUCGAAGUCACGUUUGAAUGCAUCGAAGAACUGAAAGAAGAUUUAGAGUGGAAGAUGAUCUACGUCGGUAGCGCCGAAUCCGAGGAUUUUGAUCAAGUGUUAGAUACGAUAUACGUUGGUCCAAUCCCUGAGGGAAGGCAUAUGUUUGUAUUUCAGGCUGAUCCUCCAGACGUCAGUAGGAUACCAAUCAAUGAUGCUCUAGGGGUUACAGUUGUUCUGUUAACUUGUUCAUAUAGGGGGCAUGAAUUUGUACGUGUUGGCUACUUUAUAAAUAAUGAGUACACAGAUGCAGAACUUAGAGAAAAUCCACCGCCACAGCCACAGUUUGACAAAGUACAAAGAAAUAUCUUAGGAGAUAAACCACGUGUCACUAGAUUCAAAAUAAAUUGGGACGAUGGUACAAGCUCGGCUACAAGUACUGUGCCGGAGGGCAUGGAAGCACAGUCUUUAGAAGAAACAUCUCAGGAUGCACCAACAUCCACGUUGGGCUUUACAGAGAAUACACACAAUAGCAUGGAAGUAAUGUGAAUAUCAAUUAAUUGCCAAUAACAUAUAAGCUAGCAAAGUUUGUAACACAGAGAAUGAAAUAGUACCUGGAAAGAAGAAUAAAGUGGAAAGAAGAUUCAUAUAUUUGGAUACAGCAAAAGAGAAAUAUUAAGAAACCUAAGAGCCUUUUGUACAGUGUACUUUGAUUGAUUUGCUUUAAUCAAAAGACAACAAAAAAAGCAGAAGAUAUCAUAAGUUGGAAGAAAAAUUAGAUGUGAUAAUUUUGAAUUUGUAUGGAAAUGAAGUUGAUGUUU